GAAACCCAUAGUCUAUCAGCUAUAAAUAAUCACUGUUAUCACGAAUUUAUAAUAUUUAACACGUUAUUGUUCUGUCAUUUAAAAUUAUUCUUGAACUAGAUUAUGUGUGGAAACGGUAUUAAAACAACGGGAGCUCUUACUGUAAACAGUAUAAUUACAUAUCAAUUCGUACGCACGAUUCAUUUAAACACAAGAGGGAAGCUGCCUGGCAUCAAGCGCAUGCGCUUUGAGGCUUCCAUUUCUCCAUGGCUGACAAGGGCUGGCCAGUCUGUGCGAAGAGUUUGAAAGGUGUCAUACUGGACAUGUGUGGCGUUUUAUAUGACAGUGGGGAGGGCGACGGGGUAGCCAUUCCUGGUUCGAUUGAAGCUGUGAAAAAGCUCAAGGCAUCUGACCUGCAGCUGCGCUUUUGCACCAAUGAGACCCAGGCCACCAGAGAGACGUUUGUAGCCAAGCUCCAAAGACUGGGCUUUGACAUCUCUGUGUCUGAGGUCUUUGCUCCUGCGGCCGUGGCUGUUCUUAAAGAGAGGGGUUUACGGCCUCAUCUGCUGGUGUAUGAUGGACUUGUCCCCGAGUUUGACCGUGUUGACAAGACCAACCCAAACUGCGUGGUGAUUGGAGACGCAGCUGAAAAUUUUUCCUACCAGAACCUGAACGAGGCAUUCAGGGUCCUCAUAGGCCUGGAGAAGCCAGUGCUGUUCUCUCUGGGCCAAGGCCGGUACUACAAGGAGACAGAUGGUUUGAAACUAGAUGUCGGGGUUUACAUGAAGGCUCUGGAGUAUGCCUGUGAUUUAAAGGCUGAAGUCAUUGGAAAGCCAUCCCCAACAUUCUUCCAGAGUGUUCUCAAUGACAUGGGGCUUCAACCACAUGAGGCACUGAUGAUCGGAGACGAUCUGGUGAAUGAUGUAGGUGGGGCCCAACACUGUGGAAUGAAAGGCGUUGCAGUCAGGACCGGCAAAUACAGGCCCAGUGAUGAGAGGCACCCAACGGUGACUGCAGACGGCACUGUGGACAACCUGGCCCAGGCUGUGGACAUGAUCCUUGAUCAGAGGCACUGAGUACAAGGCAGUGGGCACUGGAAACUCUUCACUUACUGUGACCCUGGGUGAUAGAGGCUGGUAGCCAGUAGUAUUUUUUAUAUAGCUCUAAGUGUUGUUUCCAGUGGGAAGGGUGUACGGCAAUGAGCUUAUUCAAGUAAAAUGUCAAAACAGUACAAAACUAAAAUAUACUCCAAAUACUGUCUAUCCUGUAACUGUCAGACAUGGGAAACACCCACCCAUCUUGUGCUCCACAUAGUGUAAAACAAACUAGGAUGCAAUUUGCAGAGCUAUUACCCAGGUCUGCAAAAGAUAGUCUUGAGUACUUUAGAGCUGCACUGUGCAUUUGUCAGUACAUGAUUGCCGUAGAUAAGAUGCCUCAAGAUGACACGAAUGUGCCUGUAACCAGCUGCUGACUGACAGUUUGAAAGGAAAGGUAGUCCUGUGUGCUCAGACUACUGUUACACAGUCAAAUUAAUUAAGAUGCUAUACAUGAAGAUAGUUAGUAGUCAAACUGGAAAUACGCAGUUGGAAUGUAGCUGAAGUGCAUUUUAACAUACACUAAUUGAUGUAAGUACCCUAUUAUAUAUGGGUAAUAUAGUUGCACAAGCUUAUUAAAAAGCAAAUUAUAUUAAUAAAGCUAUUUUAGUAGUCUCUGAGCUGUUGAAAACAGUAAUCUCUCUGCAUUUGCUAAUUUUCUCUUAGCCAUAGACACAUAAUUAUUUUUAAAAAGACUCAAGAUCUCAGAGCACUGGGAAAAUGUAGCUGUGCCUCUGGUUUAAACUGGAAUUCAUGUCGGAGCGGCUUUGCUUUACAAAAACAAAUUGCUGGAAAUGGUAAGAGAGCUGGUGUCAGAGAUGAUAAAUGCAGAACCCAGCCGAAUGUGAUGAAUUACGCUGGUGCUUGAGCUCAUGUCCCCCCCCCCCGUAAACAAAAAUGAAGUGAGCUCCCCAUCAUCAGAGUGAGGAAUCACAAAUCUACAACUGCUUAUCUUUAUUUACUUGUCUGUAAGUCGCCUCUGCUAGGGAUUGCCCCGUCACUGUGACAUUGUUAAUAGCCAAUCAUAAGCCAUAGCGCAUUCACUUCAGCGUCUACAGUGAGGUUAAAUAAAAUGAUCGAGGAGGGAAAAAAAUGGUUAUUGGGCCAGCUGGAUCAAUGAAGCCUCUGGAAGUGGGGCGAAAAACAAAUGAUCCUCCAUCGCUGGCCUCAAGGUUUCAGUGCGCCAAAUAGAUUCAACAAGAACAAAAGCCCAUUGCCAAGUGAUUCAUUGAGGUCUUUCUGGUUCACUUCACCAUUAGCUGACACAAGCUUGAAUGUUAUUGGGCAAUUAAAGGUAAUGAAAUGCUACAAAGUAUUAUGAAACUGUGUCUGAGCUGGUUGUACCACUCCUUUUUCUGAUUGGGGAAAUAAUAUUAAUGUACACGGCAAAGUACUAGCAGCUGGUACCCAGUUUUCCAACAGCUUACACAUUGUUUGACGCAGUGUUUUAUCCAUUAUGUUGCUGCCUGUUGGCCUUGUAUGGACCUAUUAAAGUAAAUAUAUUUGACUACUCUCAAAUGAAUUCACUUGGCUUUGACUAGGUUAUUUUUUUUUCCUCCAGUUCAUGGGAGUGCAGUAAUUCUGAGGGGUGUAGGCCACAGUUUUCAGCAGCUCCUCUCGGCAGGUUCAUCAUCACUAGGUGUCAGACACAAACAGACACAUGCCCCAGAGCUAGCUGGUUUAUAACCACACCUCUCUGGCUGCCCCGAGGUCAUCCACCCGUUUCACACAUGUUGCACAUUAGCAGCAGUUUACCUCUGCAGGCUGCCAUGAUUGUAAACAGUGAUAUUCCUCCUGGAGUGUAGCACAUUGAUUCCAUCACUGUGACUGCAGACUGCGAAGAAAGAUUACUUUUCAAAUAAUAGAGAUGACCUCAUUUCAGGAGACAUGUCUGGUCAUGUAUGCCCUCACUGACACAGGACAGUCUUGACAGACUUGAUACACUAAAAUCUUGACUGAGUGAAGGUGUUAUUUGCACAUCAAUUUGUGAUCUUUGUACAUUUUUUUCUGAAUUGUGAUCAGCGUUGUUUCUCACUGUUUUACAUGACCGCAGUAACCUCUCUGUUGACAAUCUUUAAGUGGACUUAAUCUCAAGUAAACACUGUUAGUCCUAAAGGGAUUAGGCACUUAUUUGCUUCAGUCAAUCAACAGAAUAUAAUUAUGCAUUGAUUCAUUGCUUAAACUAAUUGAUCAAAUAAAAAUAAAUAAGGUAAAACAUUUCAA